AUGAGCGUCUCCCAAGGGGGCUUGCCCCCUGGAAAGAAAAGGAAGGAAUCGAAGGAUUCAAUGGAUGCAAUUAUUGAAGAUAAUUCCCAGGUCGGUAAUGAUAAUACAAUUGACUAUGAUCUACAAUCAGGAGUAAUGCAGGUAGAACUUCCAACAUUAUCUCCCAAAAAAGCAGAUCGACCGCUUUUAACAUAUAAGCAAACUGAUAAGGGCCCCUAUCAUGUUUAUAUCGAAAACAAUGAACCAAAUUUCUCAGGUAAAUUAAAUCCAGUUAAGGUUGGUGAAACUAUUCUCAAAAAUAUUCCUGAAGUUGACAACAUGAUUAAAAGAAUUGAAUCGAUUGGACGCAAUAGGGUAAGGAUUGUGUUCAAAAAUCCAUCAUCAGCAAAUGUCCUGUUAAAUAAAACGAUUUUAUUCAAAAAUAUCAAUUUAGACGUUUAUAUACCCAAAUUCAUUUUAUAUAGACAGGGUGUUAUUUCGGUGGACAAAGACUUAUCAGACGAGUACUUGUUGGAGAGGAUCAAACCUUUCGAUUCUCACUGCAUUUUCUCGGUGGAUUCGGUUAAACGCAUGCACCGGAAAUCAGAUCAAAAUGGUGACAUUAAAUAUCUACCUAUAAAUAAGGUUGUAGUUACUUUUCAAGCGCAAGAAUUGCCUAAGCGUGUUGCUAUAAAUCACGUUCUUUUUGAUGUAAACCAUUAUAUACAGAAGGUAAUUCUGUGUCAUAACUGUAUGCGUUAUGGUCAUUUGGGUAAGCAAUGUAGAAGCAAGCCUAGGUGUGCAAAAUGUCACGAAGAACAUGUUACUAGCUCAUGCCACAACGACUCUUUGGAACAAAAAUGUUUAAUUUGCGAUGGCAGUCACUACUCAUUUGAAACCUCAAAAUGUAAUGAAUUUGAGAGGCAAAAGGCAAUUAAAAAGCAUAUGGCAAUGACUAAUUCUUCUUUUAGAGACUCAAACAAUGCGGUCCCAAAAACCACAUAUGCUUCAGUUACCAAAAAUAAUCCCAUUACGCCUCAAGAAAUCAAUAGUUCUAAUCUUCCAUCUCAGUCAACAAAAGCUCAAACAUCAAUAAAUAUUCCAAAUGCGAAUUCGCACUUUACACAAAGGUUGUCUAAACCUUUGAAACGGAACUCGCCUUCCUCGCCAGAUUUGACAGAAGAAGCUAGGAGACAAAUUGUGAGUCAAAUAAACACUCCACAGGUACCCGGGGGUAUCACUAAUAACCCCAGUUACUGUGUACAUGAAUUUAAUACGAGAGAUGAGACGUUCAUCCAACAAGUUUCAGAAUUGGUUAUAUUUGUUCUUACAAAUUUUAGAGAAACAAACAUUAACAGCUUGAAUAAAUCAACUAUAACUAAUCUCAUAAGAGAAAGAUUAAAUAUAGACAAAUAA